AUGAAUCUUAAUUUGGCAAGCCUAUUGACAUGUUUGGAUAACUAAAAGAAUCUACUUCUCACUAAUUUUUAGUAAUCGUACUAAUAUAAAACAAAUUCAAAAAUAACAUAAAAUUCAUUAAAACUUUGUAAAUAUUCCAGUAUAGGAUAACAUCUUGGUUAAUGUAAUUUUUUUCUUUUAAAAAUAGAAUUACAUCCAAAGGAUGAUCUCGAGAGUCUUCUCUAUAUUGUUAUUCAAUUAUUAACAAAAGGUGAAUUCUUUGGCUAAUCAAAAUAAUUUAGAAAUAAAUCAGAUAAAAUUCAUUAUUAUUUUAAUCUAAAAAAUUCUCUAUUACCAGAAAUGAUUUUGAAGAACUUCCCUAUAUGUUUAAUAGAAUUUGCAAAUAGGAUUAAAUUUUUAAGUAAUUUAUUUUCAAAAUUAGAUCCCAUUGAAAUUCCAAUUAAUUAUGAAUAUUUAAAGGCAGUAUUCAAAGGAUACAAAGACAUUGAAUAUGAUUGGACACCAAUAAUCGCAGGCGUGAAAAGUUAAUCUCAAAGUUAAUCUCACUCUCUAUAAUAAUUUGAAGAUAAUUUUAAGAUUACAUCUUUAAUCACUAUUCCAGAAUCUAAUUAAGAAUCCAUUCCAGAUGGCCAUAAGUAGUUAGUCAAAACUUAAUAAUCCAUAGGUGAUUCUAUUGCUACUCAUCCUGAUACUUCAGAAUCUGAUGGAGAGUUAUCAUCAACAGAUGAAACAACUGAAACAAAAAAAAUACACUUUUUUGAAUGA